AACAAUUUACUAUUUAAUAAUUGCUAAAACAAUUAGAAAAACAAAAAGGAAAUGAUCAAAUAAAAAAUAAAUUAUGUCUCAAUCAAAUCUUCACACGAGCUAGGUGGCCGUCCGGCUAACCAACCAAAAGCAACCACUCACAUGCACACAUUUCCAUCUCCUUUUUAAAACCCCCAUCCAUCAUCUGCACUACACAAACACAAACACAAUCACAAUCACAAUCACAAUCACAAAAAGAAGAAGCUAGAAAUGGGCCUCAAGGGAGAGGAGAGGGAUGUGGAGAGGACGUCCGCCGGCGUAGUUUUGGUGGAGCCGAAGCCGAAUAAAGGCCUGGCCUCCAAGGCGGUGGACUGGCUCGAAUGGGCUUUUGUGAAAAUUAUGCAUGAUUCUAAGGCUCCUCUUCAUUACCUUUCCGGCAACUUUGCCCCUGUCGAUGAGACUUCGCCUCUUGCCGAUCUUCCUGUUAUAGGGCACCUCCCGGAAUGCCUCAAUGGUGAAUUUGUGAGGGUUGGUCCAAAUGCAAAGUUUGCUCCUGUUGCUGGAUACCAUUGGUUUGAUGGAGAUGGAAUGAUACACGGCAUGCGCAUCAAAGAUGGAAAAGCAACCUAUGUCUCCCGCUUUGUAAAAACUUCACGGCUUAAACAAGAGGAGUACUUUGGUGGGUCAAAGUUCAUGAAGAUUGGUGACCUCAAAGGAGUAUUUGGACUUGUUACAGUUUACAUGCAAAUGCUAAGAUUUAAACUCAAUGUACUCGAUAAUUCUUAUGGAAUCGGUACAGCUAAUACAGCCCUGGUCUACCACAAUGGGAAUCUUUUGGCUCUCAGUGAGGCUGAUAAACCAUAUGCCAUCAAAGUUUUGGAAGAUGGAGAUCUACAGACCAUUGGCUUGCUCGACUAUGACAAAAGACUGUCACAUUCUUUUACUGCUCAUCCUAAAGUUGACCCUGUCACGGGGGAAAUGUUUACCUUUGGCUAUUCACAGACCCCACCAUAUGUUACAUACAGAGUCAUAUCGAAGGAAGGUGUGAUGCAGGAUCCAGUGCCAAUAACAAUAGCAGCACCAAUUAUGAUGCAUGAUUUUGCCAUUACUGAAAAUUAUGCAAUUUUUAUGGAUCUACCGUUGUACUUCAGGCCAAAGGAAAUGGUGAAGGAAAAGAAACUUGCCUACUCUUUCGAUCCUACUAAGAAAGCUCGUUUUGGAAUCCUUCCGCGGUAUGCAAAGAACGAGCUCUUAAUCAGGUGGUUUGAGCUCUCGAAUUGCUUCAUAUUUCAUAAUGCAAAUGCUUGGGAAGAAGGAGAUGAAGUUGUUUUAAUUACUUGUCGGCUUCAGAACCCAGAUCUUGACCAGGUGAAUGGCUCAGUAGAAGGAAAGCUUGAGCAUUUCACAAAUGAACUGUAUGAGAUGAGAUUCAACCUAAAAAAUGGUCUUGCUUCUCAGAAAAGAUUAUCCGUAUCUGCUGUAGAUUUUCCAAGGGUGAAUGAAAGCUACACUGGCAGGAAACAACGUUAUGUGUAUGGGACUAUACUAGAUGAAAUUGCAAAGGUCACAGGAAUUAUCAAGUUUGAUUUACAUGAAAAACCAGAGACCGAAAAAGAAAAGCUCAAAGUUGGAGGAAAUGUCAGUGGCAUCUUUGAUCUGGGGCCUGGAAGAUUCGGCUCGGAGGCUAUUUUCGUUCCACGCCAGCCUGGCACCACAUCUGAAGAAGAUGACGGCUACUUGAUAUUCUUUGUACAUGACGAAAAAACUGGAAAAUCAGCUGUAAACGUGAUUGACGCGAAAACAAUGUCACCUGAGCCUGUUGCUAUUGUUGAACUACCCAAAAGAGUUCCUUAUGGUUUCCAUGCUUUCUUUGUGACUGAGGAACAGCUUGAAGAACAAGCAAAGCUGUGAUGAUGAUGAAGAUACGAUCAUAUGCACUCCAUGAAAGAAAAUUGGAAUACAUAUUAUAUAUUAUGAUUAUAAUUUUGUGUGAAAUCUGAAGGCAAUGAAUAUGUGUAUAUUUGUAGAUUUAUUCUCUAAUAAUUUCCAAUCUCCUCUUCAAACUCAAUGAGCUAAACUCCUGCAUUUAUGGAUAUUUCUGUGCUUUCCUUCAAAAAGUAGUUUCUCUAUAUUUUUGUUUAAAAAAAAAAGGCUUCUUGUAAGAUAAGAGAAUCGAUAUGUUGUUUCAUUUGGAAAGGAAACAAAAAAAGGAUAAAUUAAUUGCUUAU